GUGUCGUAGGGGAAAUCACUGCUGUGGCAGAACCACAGUUGAUUAGGAAGGGCAUCCAAUCAGGCAAUGGGUGCACUGCCAUAAAACCUAUCAAUAGUGGUUUGAGAGAGGCCUCUGACCUGCAGAGGAAUGAAUGGAGGCUGCCAUGUGGCAUCCAUCCCCCAGGGGGACAGUUUCCACCAGAACCACCUAAGACCCCAACUACAUUGGAAAAUGAGGACAAGCUUUUCUCUGUUAAGCAGAGGCAUACGUACUACCAACAGGAUCCUGUAAGUGCUGAUGGUACAGUGUCCUCAAAAGAGAAAAAGGGAGUACAGCUGCGAAGGUCUAUAUCCCUAACACAGCGAUUCAAGAACUCCAGAAUGACAGUGCGCUUGAGACCCAGGCAGGUUUUGUGUUCAAAGUGCCAGUCCAUAUGCAAUGAAAAGUCUGAGAAUGUAAGUGGAGCAAAAGGACAAAGGGCAACAGAGCCUCCGACAACAUCAAAGGUGACGGCAGAGACGAGGGGGAACACAAGGGGUUCUCGUGAUCGAGGUUCUCAGGAAUCCCAUGGCACUAUUUCCGCAGCCCAGAGGAGAGAGAGGGAGAAAGAGAAAGACAGAGCAGAUAAGUCCCCACAAAAGAGUGUGAUGCUUGUCCCUAAGUUAGUCAAACUAAAACCCAGUGAGAUUGAAGCAGCUACAAGUAAAGGUGUCAGCUGUCUGAGAAUAAGUCCUCCAGCCCGUAAUUCCCGUAGUGACUCGGAUUCAUGUGAUAGUGAAAUUAGUGUGGGGUCGAACCCUGCAUAUGCAGUGACUGGAAAUAAUAAUAAUAAUACAGAUGGGAAAGUCCCUAAAUUAAAACUGUCAACAAAUUUAUGCAAUCCUGAGUUAUCAGAAGGUAAGAGAAAAGGCAGAAUCCCAAAGAUGACCAUAAACCUUGCAUUACAAGCAAGUGAGCUUUCUAAAGAAAAUUGGACUCGAAAUAGACUUGACGAUACAGAAAAUGAUAGUGAGGCAAAAAGCCCAUGCAUACCAAAAAUGAUUUUAUCUACUUCGGGGGUUGUUUCAGACCAGGCUAAUGAUAGAAGAGAAAAAGAUAAUAAAACAAGAAAGCAAGGAGAUAGUAGUGAAUCUCGACUUGAUGCAAAAGAAUUAAGAUUACGUUCAGGCAAUGUUCACAAAUUAACGAUAAAUACAGCAGGCCACCAAAGCUUUAGUGAAUCUCUCUCUGACAGAGUUUCUCCAAUACCAAAGUUAACAAUCCUUCCUGUUGUGCAAAAGAAGGAUGGGCUGGAGGAGCAAGAAGGUGGUGAUCUCAAGCACCACAAGAAGGCAACUGAAGACUCCCCUCUUGAAAAAAUGAGCUUGAGAAAAAAGAGGUCCCUAGGUUCCAUGGAAGAUUUGUGGGAUGAAAGUGUGUUUGAUGAGACAGCGAAAAAGCAUAAAAGUAAGGAAGAAGAGGAAAAUGAACAGGAAGAAAAUGGUAAGAUGGGAAGUGAGGAGAAGGAAGGAAUGGAGGGAGAUAAACCCAAAGCAACACCAGUCUUAAAGAUUUCCUUUGGCCCAGAAGGGAAAGGUACAGUGCUGAAGAUUCCUUCUAAGAGCACAGUUGUGACUAUGAACACACCUGAAGUUGAGACAGAAGAGGAAAUCAAUAAGAAAUACAAAGAUAUGAGUGCUAAGGCUGCAAAAAAGGCUCUGAAAAAGGCAAAAAAAGAAGCACAGAAAAAAGCACUGCUUGGAGGAGCUUCCCCAGCAUAUAUUAUGGGGGGUAUGUCACCAAGAUUUGGUGGUAUGUCACCUUUGAGAUUAGGUGGAAUGUCACCAGCUAGAUUAGGUGGUUUCUCUCCUGCUAGAUUUGGGGGCACUUCUCCAGCACGUUUUGGAGGUAUGUCACCUGCUAGAGCUGCUGCAGUGGACCUUUCAACUAGAGAUCUACCCCCUAAGAAGCACAAACAUAAAGUGAAGCAUAAAAAGAAGCACAAGGAUGAGAGGAGGCACAAAAGCCCAGAAGAUAAUAAAUCACAGUCAAAAGAUAGUAAGGAGGACAUACCACACCUACCAGAUGCUACAGAACAUGAUGUUCCAAUUGAAAACAUAACACCAGAUAUACACUGGAACUCAUCAGAAGUGAGAGAAUCCCACUUAGAAUCUUUACCACAAGCAGCACUAAAUCAGAUAUCACACAGCUCUCAACCUGCAUCCAACACUGGGGCUCCCAUACAGUCAUCACGACACAAACUCUCAAUAUCCAUAAAAAGAGUCAGUAAUGCCAGCUAUGUGGCAUGUGACUCCAGUCAUUCUGAUGGAGAGAGAACUGUUACACCAACUGUACCCAGUGGAAAUGAAGAUGAUAUCAUUGAGGAAGCUCAGGGAGUUGUGUAUAGUGAACAAGAGAGCAAAGAUGAAAGACCAAAAGACAUUUGUGAGAGUGUUGAAUGUGGGAAGGAUGUACCCUUAGAUUUGCCUUUGCCAUUUGAUGGAGGAAAUGACAGUGCAGUUAAACCCACAGAAAUGACCGCACAGAGUUAUCCAUUGUUGACAGCACCCUCGUACUGUGUAGAUACGCCAGAAUCAAUGAUGCCUGGAAGUGAUUCCCCAGGAAGUGAUGAAGCUUGCAGUGGUGCAAUCCCAGAUUUCCCCUCCAGAGCACCUAACAUGGAUAGUUUAGAGGACCAUCCCAGUGCUGCUCUGCUAAUGAAGUUAAGCUGGCAGGAGGUGGAGAAAUGUGAGCUUGAUGAAGGCAGAAUAAUGAAUGUUGGAGAUGUUGUGUGGGGAAAAAUCCAUGGUUUCCCAUGGUGGCCAGCUAAGGUCAAAGCCAUCCGGGAAUUACGCGAAGGUGGUGGAGACACAAAAUGGCAACAAGCGCACGUCAGUUGGUAUGGCUCGUCAACAUCUUCUCUCAUGCCAGCCAACACUCUUCAGCCUUUCCUUCAGAUGUUUAAGAUCCGCUAUAAUAAGCGCAAACGAGGACCGUAUAGAGAAGCAAUAAAACAGGCAACCUGUGAGGCAGAGCAGAUAAGUUCCCUCGAUCCACAGCAAGAUUUUCAGCAUUGGCAUCCUCCGCCACAGCAGACACCCAUACAGACACAGCCCAUAACACAGCAGCAGCAACAGCACCAGACUCCAGAGAACCUCCUUGGUGCAUCUCCUCGAGAAGUGGAUGUUGUUAGCUGAGACAUACAUAGAGCAACAUUGAUGAUUUGCCUGUCUCUUGAUGUAAUGUUAUGUUUAUUUAUUUAUUACUACUAUUUUUAUAGUGAGGAGAUAUUUGAUGAGUUAUUUUUGCAUUCCAGUGUUCCACUUCCGAUGAAAGGGUUUCAUUUUCCAUUUCUUGGAAUUAGAGAUUCGUCCUCUAGCAUUUUUCUUCCCGUAUUGAUCGGUCAUUUUUGAGUCAGUUGCAUUUCACUCCACCCUUUCCUAUUUUGCUCACUAGUAAAUUUCAUCCGUGUUUUCAGAGUGAUAUGGAACAUAACCUUGGUUCCAGUAGCCAGUGUUAGAGGUCAGCUCUGUUAAUUGAAAACUGUGAAUUCUUCCCAUUCAUUAAGACAUCUGUUAUUGAUUUUCACUUUUUGCUUUUACAUUUUUUUUUUUUUUUUCUUGUAUUUUCAUUUCUUUUUAUUUAUUUUUUGAAGUCCUUUUCAGGAGCUUAUUACAGUAUGUAUAUACAGAGGCCUUUUCAUGAUAACCUUGAUCAAACAAUCUGAGAAUAUUAUUACAUUAGGAGGGCAAUUUCAUUCUGCUUGCAAUGCUAGCAAAAGAGACUGUAUGGAAAGCAUACACACACACUCGAACACACACACACACACACACACACACACACACACACACACACACACACACACACACACACACACACACACACACACACACACACACACACACAUACAUACAUACAUACAUACAUACAUAUAUGUAUACACAAUACACACAAAAUAUGGCACUGAAUGUUGGCAAUGUUGGCUGAUAUUUCAAUAUGGUAAAUAGUUAUCAUUUUAUUUUUAUUUUUAUUGAUUAGGUAUUUCUGAUUUUGAUACGUUGUUGUUUAGAUACAUUGUUAUUUCUCUAAUUUUCAUUCUUAAUCAUUUCUCAGUAUACCAUAAGUAUAUUUUUUUACAUUUAUUACAAAGACUAUUGCAUUUUUUAUUAUCAUUGUUAUCAUCAAUAUCAUUAUAAUGAUUAUAUUCAUCUUUCCAAAAGCUUCCAUCAUUCAUAGAACUACCAGCACAGCAUUAUCACCAUUAAGCUUUCUUCCUUUUUUGUUUUUGAUAUAAUUGCUUUUAUUUCUAGUUAUUUUAAUAAUAACUUCCUCCUCCUCCCACCUCUCCUCUCUCUCCCCUCCUCCUCAAGUUUCACUUUGAAAGAUUGCAAAAUUAAAGUUUUCUCUUCAAAGACAUGGGUUUGAAGCUGUAAACAGGCAAAUAGUGUACAAAUAUAUUUGCCUUGCAAGCUUUAAAAAAUUUGCCUUACGUGAAAUAGAGAUGCACUGCUUUGAUGUCAGAAAAAUAGGCCUACCAUAAAAUGGCAUCAUUGACUCUGCAUAACUUAGUAGCCUUCUACAAAAUAUACAUUUUCCUCAAAUUCCAAGUAACUAGAAUAAAUGAUAGAUACAAAAAUGAAAUAAGAUAAAGUAAAAUGAAACAAAUAAAAAACUUGGUUUCAAGUUUCAAGUCAGUAUGUAUCUGUUACUAUUGGUUCAAAAUAGAUUUUUCACAUGUUGCUUAAUAUCACAAUGUGAAUAAGCACUAUUUUAUAAUAUAUAAAAUACAGUAUUUAUUUCUGUGUUGAUAAGGUGACGCUGCCAUGCUUUGCACCUUUGCCGGCAUUGUGAAAAUGCCUCAGUGCUGGGAUUCCUAGUAAUGAUACUUCAUCAAUAAGAGGGUUUUGUUAAUUUUUUAGAUCACUGCAAGCAACAUAUUCAGCACAAAAAAUCCUCAGCAAGCCUAUAUUUUACUUUUCUUGAGUCAUCAUCAGUUUCUGGAUGUGCUGAGCACAGUGGUGGAAGGACCAGGGAGAGGAAAGAAGGUGGCAGGCAGGAGGGCAGGAGAGGCGAAGGGCUUGCUCGGGGAGGUUUGCCGCUUGGACUUUCUUCAUCUCUACUCCUGUCUCUCCUCUUCUUUACUAAUUCAAUGUCUUUUGUAUUGUUGUGUUACUUUUUUUCUUUAUUGUGGCAUGGCUUGCAUAUUUAGGAAAAAAGCAAAGAAUGUAUAUCCACUUAUUAAUCAUUCUCUAUUGGCAACUGAAUGUGACUGACAUGCAUACUCCCUCCCCCUUUUAAUUGUUGCUUUUUGCAACUGUCUUGGGGGUGAUCCAUAAGGUCACAUAUCCCAUGAAUUCUAAACAUGAAAACAUCCACAUGUCCUUGCUUCCUCCACACACAUUACCAGAAACAGCUUUCUCAAGUUUUUUGUUUGUUUGUUUGUUUUGUUGACUAGAUAUGUAAUUUAAGAUAGAGUUUUGUAAUUCAGAUUUUGAUUUAUUAUGCCAAAGUAAUCGGUUUCCCCGUAAUCAUUCAAUAUAAGGAUUAAAGUACUGAAUCAAUAUGGAAUAUAUUGUGUUAAUAUAAACAAGUUCAAUUAAGUUAUACUAAUAAUAAUAGUGCCAUAGAUUUUUUAGACAGGCAAGUAAGGAUUAUUUGCUGUUAAGGAAUAAUUUUCAUUGUGAUGGAGAAGCAGAACCUGGAGAUGUGAUGCUCUUUAGGGCCAGUGAAGAAUACAUUUUAGUUGAAGGAUAAUUAAGACUUGAUUCUAUACAGUGGAUAACAGACGGACAUGAGACAUUAGAUUCAGUGAUGUUCAAUGAUUGCACAGGAGAUCCUUGGUCUUAGUAAUAGCUACUCAGCAGCUGGGGUGCUUCAAAUGCAAGGUGUCUCCUGUCGCCUAGGUCUCACUGGUUGACUGGUGUGAGAAAGUAAGCUGCAGUUUUUCCCCUUUUAGAGUUUGUAUAUAGGAACUUAAUGGUAAUUGAUAAUGUUGAUGUGACUUCAGCAAAGAUAUCUAAAAAUAUCAGGGCAAGGAUGUUUUUUGAUAGGUAGCUAAGAUAUUAAAAAGCAUAAACAUUGAUGUGAGGGAUCAAACAGCUCUUAGAUGUUCUAGAAAGGUUGUUUAGGAAUGCUGGGCAACUGGCUGCAAAAAAGACAAUAAUUAUGAGACAUGGUAUGUCUCUAGAUUCUGUUGCACAGAAACAAAAUACAUUACCUCAAAGACUUAACAGCAGCCAGUGAAAGUAAAUUACCUUUGUCAAGGGUAAUUCUUCAAAAACUGGAAGAAAAUGGGAGAAAAUAUAUUUUUAGACAGGCUUAUCAUAAACUAGGUUAGGUAAGUUUCAUAAAGGGGCUCUUUUGCAUGUCAAUUAUAUUUGAAUAAAGAUUACUAGAACAUUUUGGUUAAGACUAAGAGACUUCUGAAAACAGUAUUCAUAUUCUAAGUAUUCAGAAUUUAUAGAUAUCCAUUUAUUCACCUACUUCCACCCUGUACGCACUCUCAACUAUGCAAUACUGUAUUUUAGUUUGUUGUUGGAUUUUUAAAAAACUUUAUAUGAUAACAAGAGAAUUUCUUCACUGUUGGUUAGUAAUAUAUAUGUAUAUAUUUUUUCUAUAGACAGUUUGCCUCCUUAUAUGCUCCAGUGUUUCAGUAUUUUGAGAAAAAGUUAUGGGUUCAACUGAAUUAUAUGUUGCAUAUGCAGUUCACUAAUUUCUAUGCAUCACUGGCAUAUUUACAGCUAGUCUGGGUCUGCUAAACUUGCAUGCCUUUCCUAAUAAGUGUAAAAUAAUGAAAACAGUGGCUUACACUGUGACAUUACUAAAUAUUUUGUUACAAUAUUAGGAUCUAUACUACCACAGCUAUUUUUCCUUCCAUGCUAGAAUAGCCGCAUUCAUUUAUGACAUGAUCAAGAAUAUAUUUAUAUGCAUACACCCCACCCUCAGUUGCAGCUAGAAACAAAGUAGAAAAUUAAAGAAAAUACUAUAGAUAUCUAAAUAGAAUACCAAGAACUAGUGCUCUUGUCUUUCUCUUCGCAUGAAAAUGUUUCCUUCCGCUCAUCAUCAUUUUUAGCCCAGUUCAUGCUAGGUAAAAUUCAAAGUAAAGUUUGGUAAGGCCAGGGUGGAUUAUUACCUACACUCAGGUGCACAAGCCAUCAUCCCAGUAAUUAGACUCAUGACAUUAGGUAUCACCCUGCCUUUAGGAGAUUUUGCCAUAGUAGGAUAAAGCAUCACCUGUCAUGAAUGGUUUAAACACAGGGACUGUACAGUAAGUUGAUUAUAUUUUGGAGGUCUUGCAGUUUUAAGUGAUUGAAUUUUGAUAUCCUUUGAUGCUAUAUGUCAAUCUGCCAAAUUAAGUACUGCAAAAUAGUUUAAUUUGACAAGGCUUACAACUCAGCCUAGUGGAGCCCCAGUUUCUGUAACUAGGAUUACUACAUUAUGAUUUGUAUAAUUAUUGUCAGUUAAUAUUAUUCAUUACCAAUACAUCCUAUUGAAUAUUAAAAUGAUAGCAAAUACAUCCAGAGUUGGCAAUUUAUUAGUGAAAUACACUCAGUAAUUAAUAAACACUAAAUUGUAUUUUACAUAUAUAUAUACACAUAUACAUAGAUGUACAUAUAUACAUAUAUAUACAUACAUAUACAUAUAUACACACACACACACACAUACACA